UACAAGUACCUCCACAUGCCAUUUGGCCUUACCAAUGCACCAUCCUGCUUUGGUGGCAUGACUGCCACUGCCCUCGGAGACCUCAUUGGAACACUCUGUCAGCUAUUUGUUGACGAUGGAGGUGUUCUAGCAAAUGACUUCACCAAAGGAAUGGCCAACCUCCACACCCUCCUACAACAAAUCCGCGAAACAGGCCUAUCCCUCUCAGUGGCAAAAACCGAGUUUUUCAUGACCACAGCAAAGUUUGCUGGUGAAACAAUCAGCCCCAAUGGCGUGGGCACAGAUUCUUCCAAGAUAUCUGCCCUCGUCAACUGGGAAACCCCUACCACAUUAAAAGGUCUGUCAGGAUUUGUACAUCUAAGCAAUUACUACCACUCCGUAUGUAUAGAUUAUGGCCACAUUGCCUGA